AUGUGCUCAAGUUUUCAUCCACCUCCACCACCACCUCUUAUAUUUGCACCUCCAAAUGUUUCGAGUUCUAAUGGAUUUAAUUUGGCAGAACAAAAAAUAAAUGAAAAUAAAGAAAAAAAUCAUCAGAAAAAUAAUUUAAAUAAUUCAAAAAAUGAUAAUUCUUCAUUAAUUUCUGCUCCAUCUGUAAGCUCAAUAGGAGGAGGUCUUUCUUCCCCUUUGUCAAAUUCACAAAAUAAUUCUUCAAUUCAUCGACAUUUUGAUAAUAGUGGUGGAAGUUCUUUUGGAGGAGGCGAAGAAGGAAGUGGAGGAGGAAAUAAUAAUAAUUGUAAUACAAGACGUAAACGAAGACAUCGAACAAUCUUUACAGAAGAUCAACUUUUGAUGCUUGAAAGUGCUUUUUCUAUGACACAAUAUCCGGAUGUUGGUGUCCGAGAACGUUUGGCAGACCAAUGUGAGUUGCGCGAAGAAAGAGUAGAAGUUUGGUUUAAAAAUAGACGUGCCAAAUUGAGAAAGAAAACAAGAGAAGUUCAGGCAAUAAUGCAGCAACAUAUUCAACGAGAGGAUAAUUCUCACUCUCAAAAUAAUGGUAGAUGUAAUUAUGUUAUCCUUCAACAAGAAAAUUUGAAUGAAAGUGGGCCUGAAAAUGAAGAAGAAGAAGAAGAAAAUACAAAUGUAAAAUCUGUUGAAAGGAAGGAAAAUAAACAAAUUUUGAAAGAGAAUUGCACGGAAGUAAAGCAACAAAACAAUAAUGAAAUUAAUCAACCAAUUAAAAAUGAUUUAAAUUUAAUUAAUGGUGGAAGUUCAGAUGCCGACAUUGAGGACCAUAAAUUACAAAAGGAUCAAAAAUCUAAAGAAUCGACAUGCCCAAAAGAUUCAUUUGAUUACUCCACAAAUAUUUCCAAACCAAAUCCAAUUAAACAACAAAAACCUUUCGAUUUAAGCCAAUUUUUUACACCACAAACAAUUACUCAAGCCCUUUUAGCUUCUUCUGGAAUGCCUACUUCCAGUUUAGAAUCUUCUAGUUUAUUUCAAUUAUCACAAUCUUUAAACAAAGAAGCUGGAAAUGAAAAAUUGUUAUUCCCUUUUGGAAUUGGGCCAAAAACUGUGGAAGAGGAAUUAAAGGUGAAUAUUUGGUAA